CAAACCAGCUACGAGAACGUAUUCCGCUGAGUUGAUGUUAUUGCAAUAGUUUAAAAUGUCUGCUUUGUAUUUUAUUGCUGUGUUAGCCGUCAACUUAUUUCUGUCGUUUGGCCUUAAAGUUGACAUGACCAGAGAACACUUUUACCGUGGGAAAAGUUUAUUUUGUGCACAACUCAAGUGUACAGAAAACAUAACAGAAGACACUCAAAUGUCAGCUCUUGUCAACAUGUCAGUCUAUAGGAUCAGUGAACCAGAAGGGAAGAUUUUGUUGGCGUCUAUUUCAGGAUCUGAUUCAAAGGUUCGCGGUUAUAAAAUAUCUGGGAUAUUAUCUAAGGGCAAAUUAUCCAAACUUCACGGAGAACUGGUCAUAUCUUUCUCCAAUAUUUCAGCCUGUAAUUUACACCAGUAUAAAUGUCAAGUGUAUUUUACAAAUAAGACAGGAGACACUGGAAUGCUAGACAACAGAACUACGUCUUUUAAAAGCGAGAAAAUCAAGAAAUCUGUUUUGUUGAUGAAUUUAAAAGCUGAAACUUUGAACUACGUGAAAACUGUGGACACAAUGGCCGACUUUCUGAAAUCGUUUGAAGAUCCAGAAAAACUAAAAGGUGCAGACAUGUCAAUGUCCUUACAGAUGUCACAUUCUGGAAGAGAUGGGUACAGUGACGACACGGCUCAGAUUAUAUCAUCUUUAGAGUUAAACAACGUGCUUGAUGCUAAGAUAAAUAACAUCACAGAACAAAUGCAAACAGUGGAUGACAAACUUAGAGCAAUAGACACAAGAAACAACCAAACAAACCGCAUGCUAGAAGCUUUAAACACCACUGUAGAAGAGAUGAAAAACGACUACAACGUCAUUCCUGUGUUGUCACGGAUGACACAUCAGUGCAAAAAGAACGACAAAACUGAUGUACCAGAACGAACGACCGUCAGACUUGGUCAAGAUAAAUUGGCUUUGUGCGACACAAAAACUGACGGUGGAGGUUGGAUCAUUAUUCAGAGACGUGUUUUGGGUGACGUGAAUUUUACGAGAGAUUGGGACGCCUAUAAACAUGGAUUUGGUUCAAUGAUUGGAGAUUUCUGGCUUGGGAAUGACUGGAUCUCUAACCUGACCAUGAUGGGAUACAAUGAACUGAGAAUCGACAUGACUCGAAAAAGUAUAAAGUACUACGCCCAUUACGAUUAUUUCAAGGUAGAAAACGAAGCAGCGUCGUAUAAAGUAUACAUGUCGUCAUUCAGUGGAAACGUUAAUGACAUGCUACAAUAUCAACAUGGUAUGGAGUUUUCUACCUUCGAAAGGGACAAUGAUUUAGUCAGCCAAGCAGAUUGUGCUGAAACUUAUGAAAGUGGCUGGUGGUAUAACAACUGUGGAUAUGUAGCUUUAAAUGGUGUCUGGGGUGCAACAGGCCGUACUACAGGAAUAUACUGGUAUGGGCUAUCAAGCGAUGGACAUAUUGCAGACUCAGUUGAGAUGAAAGUACGUCAAGUGUAAACAAAGUAUCUGAAGAUGUUUUAAAUAAAGCUAUAGCUUUAAGAUAGUGUAGCAGACAUAUUUUUAUUAGACAAAUCUAUUCACUCCACUGUUCUUCUUAAAGUGUGAAGGUUCUCUAUAUUCUGUAACUGAAGAUUUCAAAGUAACCUAAUUAUCACGUCAACGUAAUUGUGUUUUUAUACACACUCAUUAUCAUUUGACUGGUUGCAUUUGUUUCAAAAUGCAUUAUUUUACCAUAUAAAAAUAUUUCUAAUUUUUUAAAUUGUUUUUAAGUAUAGAGUUUUUGUGUUUAUUUUUAUAACUAAGAAAAAAUCAUCUAAAUCUGAGAAAAUACACAUGAUUACAUUUAAA